AUGACACGCGUCGGGCUCUCCACCGAGUUCUUGACUGUCUUGGGUAUGUCUGUGCUGGGCCACACUCAAACAUGUACGGUGUUUUUGUUUCUGCUUCGACUCCAAUUCAUCGUUCCCAUGGGUCAUCCGUUAAAAAUGAAAACUGCCUUGAAAUAUGCAUUCUUUCUAUUGCUGAAUAUCGCUCCUUACUUACAUUGCCUGUGGUAUUUGCCAGUCGUCUUUAAUCAUGACAAUAAACAAGCUACGAAUGAUUACUAUCGACAGAAAUACCCUGAAUUGCUCCAAUUCAUCGAAUUAGACAAUUUCUUGGGUUCUGCUCCGGAAAUGAAUUUCUUUUUUCUCUACAAUAUUUGCAGUUUUCUGGCUAUCUGUGGCACAUUGAUGAUCAGUUUAUCUUGUCUGUGCUUCUACUUUCUUCGCAUUCAAGAAGAAUACCUGGAAAAACGACUCAUUCACGAGGAGAGGAAAUUGAUCAAAGCUUUAAUUACACAAAUAACAAUUCCAAUGAUCACUGUGAUCAUCCCGUUCUUUUUGGGUACUGCUGUAAUCAUUCUUGAUCAAACCAAAUACACCAAAUAUUGCGCACUAAUUGGCCUGUGCGUCUCUCAACAUGGUCUUGCCAAUACCCUAGCAAUACUAUUAUUGUAUCGACCGUAUCGUAAACAUCUCAAAGCAACUUUGCGGAAACUGAGUAAAUGGAUAAGAGUUGAUUCCAUUGUCGAGAAGUGGUUGGGUCCAAAAGUGUCUCCGCUCUGGGUCACUGCUUUCUUGGCUCAACAAAGUGCUUCAAAUUCA